CGGAGAAGACGAUGGCGAUGGCGCGCCGGUAGAUGCAGCAGCUAUGGCGGAGGGAGAAGCUCCGGACGCCGCGAGCUCCGACGGCGAGGGGCAGGAGGAGGAAUUCUUCGAGACUCUCGAAGAAAUCGCGACCACCUCCGGCUCCGAUAGCGGUGGCAGCAGCGAUGGUGAGCGUCUUGCUAGAUUCAAGCUGCGGCAGCGCGGCAAGCGCCAGGAUUUCGCCGCAUUCCCUUCCGGCGACUCGAAAUAUGCGGUGUGGAGGAGCGAUCCGGCCAGCGUCGGGGAGCGUAGGGUGAGAUUGCUCCAGAGAAUGGGGCUGGAGGAUUUCUUUGGCAGCAGGGAGCCCUCUUUCCUCACCUCCAGCCAUUCCUUCCCUCCGUCGACGGCCUCCACGCCUCGGGUCUUCCGCAGCAUCUCGGAUCCCCUCUCGGGAGGAGAGCAUUUGAGGGGAGAGUCCGUGGAUCUGGAUCGUCUUCGCUCUAGCGACGGCUACGAGAGCUCCAGGGACGAAGAUGCCAGAAAUGGGGAUUUGGUCAGCCCCGGCAGCCCAAUUCUCGCGGAUGGAAGGUCUACCGACGCCAAUGUAGAUGGUCAAAGCUCUACCAACAGCAGUGGCAGGGAGUUCGUGUAUAGGAUAAAGGAUCUGGACAGCGGCAAGGAGUUUAUAGUCGAGGAGCUCGGAUCGGAUGGGUCGUGGAACAGAGUUAGAGAGGUUGGGACGGGGAGGGAGCUGUCGCGAGAGGAGUUUGACAGUUCUCUGGGACUCUCUCCAAUUGUACAGGAAAUGAGGAGGGUCGACAGGGAGAACAGGAAAAAACCAGGGACUUCUUCGUCUUCUUCAUCGUCUUCUUCGUAUUUGCCGCUGAAUGGGAAGCCCAAGAAGAAGAGAUGGUUUAGCGGUUUCAUGAGGCGGUCAAGCACUCCCAGUGCUGCAGCAGAGAAAGACGACGUGUCUACUGCUCAGCCAAGGUCUGAUGCGAGAAGACCAUGGAAAAUGCAGAGAAUUAAGGUGCGCGUGUGCAAGAAAGCUGUAAGAGAGUUGGCGGAAUUGUACAUGGGACAGGAGAUUCAUGCUCACCAAGGUCCGAUUUGGGCUCUUAAGUUCAGUACCGGCGGACGGUACCUCGCAAGUGGCGGGCAGGACUGCGUUGUCCGGGUGUGGAAGAUUGUUUUAUCGAGCAAUCAAGUCGCCGCUAGCGCAGCGGAUGGGGGGACUCACGAGGUUAGGAAGCCACCACAUCAGAAAAAGCGAGGCUCGUCAAAGACGAGCGACGAUAAAGCUGGCUUGAAAGCUUUCGGGCUCGACGGUGAGCCGCUGUGCAGUCUCCAUGGCCACACAGAAGAUAUUUUGGAUUUGUCGUGGUCGUCUUCCAAGCUUCUCUUGUUGUCGUCCUCCAUGGACAAGACCGUGAGACUGUGGGACGUCCGGAACCAAACGUGCCUACACGUCUUCUUGCACAAGGACUAUGUGACAUGCAUUGCCUUCAAUCCCGUCGAUGAUACCUGUUUCCUCAGUGGUUCACUGGACGGAAAGGCGCGCAUAUGGAGCAUCAUAGAGCAUCAAGUCAUCGAUUGGACAGACUUGCGUGACAUAGUAACGGCGGCAUCUUACACUCCAGAUGGCACGUGCGCGAUGAUAGGCCUGUACAAAGGAACUUGCCGGUUCUACGAUACCAGUGGCAACAAACUGCAGCUCUACGCGAACGUGGAUGUGGUGAAUAAGAAGGGAAAGAAUUUCCGUGGCAAGAAGAUCACUGGCAUUCAGUGUAUGCCAGGAAAUCCGUCUAAAAUACUCAUCACCUCAAACGAUUCCCAAAUCCGUCUGUAUGACAACACGGAUCUCGUCGCAAGAUUUAAAGGAUUCCGCAACAUGAGCAGUCAAAUCUCGGCGUCAUUCAACCGAAACGGCAGCUUUAUCAUCAGCGCCAGUGAAGAUUCACAUGUCUACCUGUGGAACGUGACACCUCCCACCUCCACUUGUAGGGGCCAGCUCAAGAUCAGCGAGAAGUCGUGCGAGAGCUUCUUCUCGGACAGCGUCACGGUUGCGGUCCCCUGGUCGACGGAGAGCGAAGGCAAGAACGCAAGCGAUCGCCGAGGUGCUCUGGACGGCAUCUUCCAGUUGCUCAAGCAGAGCAGCUUCCCGGGGCCGUGCUUCGAGUGCCUCACCUCGACGGUGUUCCCGGUCACCGACGAUGGCUCCACCAGGUUGAUGGACUCGGCAACGCUGGCGUCCAACCAGGAAGGUGGCGAGGAUGGUCACUCGGCGGUGGUAAGCGCGGCCACCGGGGCCGAGGAGAGGAGCGAUGCGACGAGCGUCGACGAGGAGGGGGCCGAUUUCUCGUCCGCGGGGCUGGGGCUGGUCAUAGUGACGGCGAGCUUGACAGGAGAGAUCCGGACGUUUCAAAACUACGUGAAGGAGGCCGCGGCGUGAGGAAGAAAAAGAAUUUUGGUCGAGCUCGGAUGAUGGGAACGAGAUGAGCUUCUUCUUCUUCUUCUUCGUCUUCCUCGGCCGGAUGGACGAGAGCGAGAAACGAGAGAGAGCGAGAGAGAGAGAGGGAGAGCGUCGAGACAGUCUUGCCAAUCUUGCGAGACUAUAAAUCGCCAAAGAUUCUAUACGUUGUAAAGGUUUUAUUUCUCUAAACAGCUUAUGCUCAGUUUUGAUAAA